AGGUGUUGUACAAUUAUUUAAUGCUGUCAGGACACACCAGAAGAAGGUUGAUGAGAAGGUGAAGAAAGCUGGGAGCUCUGAGAGGCAGCGUGCUAAACUGCUGUCAUCUGUUUCAAAGAAGGAUUUCAUCGAUGUGUUAAGAAACGCGGAGGGUGCUAAAGGAAGCAAGAAUCCUGCUGGAAAGGCCACGAAAAGUAAACAGGGUGAAGUGAAAUCCGAAGAGGGGCCAGAAUGGAACAUACUGCGUGAUGACUUCAUGAUGGGAGCCACUAUGAAAGACUGGGACAAGGAGAGUGAUGGAGAGGGCAGUCCUGAGCAAGGAGGUGGUCUGAAACAAGAAGAUGACAGUGACUGAAUGAAACCGAAAACCAUUCAAGAUAUUUUAUCUUAGCUUGGGAUAAAAAGUCAGCAUUCUGUGAAUGUACAACACUUGGAGGUUAUAUCUUUUUUUUAAAAAAAAGACUUGCACAACUUCAGAGUGUUUUCUUCUCCACGUUAAACUUUUAUUUAAUAUAGCUUCAGUUGCUAUACUGAAAUCCUGAAAUAUUUUCCAAAACAUGUAUAAUUUUCAGCAUAUUUCCAAAACAAUUUGUACAGUCAAAAUAGUGGCACCUGCCCAAUGAAAGAACCAUUUUGCCAAGGUCAUUAAAAGUUUAUACAUUAGUCAUGGCAAUUGAUGUAUUAGUGUGCCUGCAUUUCCAAAUCAGUGUUGCACUUUGAAAAGUUGUUAGCAAUUUGCGAUAGAAAUGGCUCACAGUAAACACAGAAAUACUGUCACCUUGUAAAGUUA